GCCCUCUCAGUGUCCCCACCCCCAGCCCAGGCGAGUCCGCAGGACCCGGGACCCUGCUCCUCCUUUGCCUUCUCUUUGCUCCUUCUUUUGCUUUGUGGCCUUUCUUUCCCUUCCCAGAGACACCUGGGAGCUGCCCCCAAGCUGUGGGGCGCGCCGCGGGGUCCUGCCAAGGGUGCCUGUGAGAGGGGGCGGUGGGGCCGGCGCCGGGUGCCAGGGGCCGAGGGUGGGAGCAGGAGCUUGUGGCCUUGCGCCCUGGAGCCGAGGACUGGAAGGGGGCUGGGCCCCUCUGCCGCCUGGGCGCGGGCAACGCGUCGGGAAGGCUGUCCCGCCUGUUCCAGUGGUGCCUGUGUGCUGGUUGCUGCUGCUCGGGGUGAGGCGCCGUGGCGGCGACCUCAGACCCCCGGACGCGCUGAGUGAGUGCGCGCGUGAAAACCGCCGCGCCGCCAGGGGUGCGAGUGUUUGGGCAGAAGCGGCCACUCCAGCGACCCAGCCCCACAGCCACGCUCUCGGGGGUCUUUGGCUCCGGGCAACUUGGGACAAACGUCUAAGUUCUCGCUCUCCCGCCCUCCCAGCGGGGUCGCCGCAGACCCAAGCCCUGGGAGCACCGCUCUGCAGCACAGCCGGCGGGUGGAGAGGGUUGGCCCCUAAACUCGCUCGUCCAGCCCAACCGCCCCAGCGGCUUCUCCCAGCCCUCGAGGCUCUCGUGAGCGGCCUGGAGAGGCGUCGAGCGCAGCCCAGCGCCCGCCUGCUCACCUGCCCCGGCCCCCGAAGGGAACUUUCGGCUCCUGCGAGCCCGGGGCGCCCCCGCGGCCUAGGGCGGGCAGCUCCCGGGGACUGGACGAGGUGGUGGCGCCCGGGAGGCCGCGGGGACAGCACGCAGCGCGCGCCCUUGGAUGCCGUCCCGCAGCGACGCCCCGGCCCGCCCCGCUCCUCCUCCUGCCUGGCUAGUCUGCCUCUCAUUUGGGAAGUUUUGUGGGUUUUCUUUCUCCUCCUCCAACCUUGGCGGAGGCCACGACUCAGGCGCCACAGCUGGGGGCUAGAGGCCGCGGAUCAUGGUGCGGGGCAGCCACCGCUGAAGUCAGCAAAACCGAGCCUGGCCUGAGGCAGGCUGCGCGGGAGGCCAAAGCCAUGGCCAUUGCCACGUCGGCCCAGCUGGCCCGGGCACUGUAUGACAACACCGCUGAGUCCCCCCAGGAGCUGUCCUUCCGCCGAGGGGAUGUCCUACGGGUCCUGCAGAGAGAGGGCGCUGGUGGACUGGACGGCUGGUGCCUCUGCUCCCUACACGGCCAGCAGGGCAUUGUGCCCGCCAACAGGGUGAAGCUCCUGCCUGCUGGCCCAGCACCCAAGCCUGGCCUCUCUCCUGCACCCCCAGCCCAGCUUGGCUCACCAUAUCCAGCCCCAGAUCACAGCAAUGAGGACCAGGAGGUGUAUGUGGUGCCGCCCCCAGCUCGGCCCUGUCCAACCUCAGGACCUCCAGCUGGACCUUGCCCACCCUCUCCUGACCCCAUCUACAAGAUCCCCAGAGCCAGUGGUACCCAGCUGGCUGCUCCCAGAGAUGUCUUAGAGGUCUACGAUGUGCCCCCUACCGCCCUUCGGGUGCUCUCCAGUAGCCCCUAUGACUGCCCUGCCUCCUUUUCCCACCCUCUGACCCGGGUUGCCCUGCAGCCCCCUGAAGAGGAUGAUGCUCCCUAUGAUGUGCCUCUGACCCCAAAGCCACCUGCAGAGCUGGAACCAGAUCUGGAGUGGGAAGGAGGCCGAGAACCAGGGCCCCCCAUCUACGCUGCCCCCUCCAACCUGAAACGAGCGUCAGCCUUACUCAAUCUGUAUGAAGCACCCGAGGAACUGCUGGCAGAUGGGGAAGGUGGGGGCACUGAUGAGGGGAUCUACGAUGUGCCUCUGCUGGGGCCAGAGGCUCCCCCUUCUCCAGAGCCCCCUGGAGUGCUGGCCUCCCAUGACCAGGACACCCUGGCCCAGCUUCUGGCCAGAAGCCCCCCACCUCCACACAGGCCCCGGCUCCCCUCAGCUGAGAGCCUGUCCCGCCGCCCUCUGCCUGCCCUGCCUGUCCCUGAGGCCCCCAGCCCCUCCCCAGUGCCCUCUCCUGCCCCAGGACGGAAGGGCAGCAUCCAGGACCGGCCUCUGCCCCCACCCCCACCCCGCCUGCCUGGCUAUGGGGGCCCCAAGGUCGAGGGGGAUCCAGAGGGCAGGGAGAUGGAGGAUGACCCAGCAGGACACCACAAUGAGUACGAGGGCAUUCCAAUGGCCGAGGAGUAUGACUAUGUCCACCUGAAGGGCAUGGACAAAGCUCAGGGAUCUAGGCCCCCGGAUCAGGCCUGCACAAGGGAUCCUGAACUGCCGGAGAGGGGAAUGCCGGCGCUGCAGGAGGCCCUGUCCCCAGGGGAGCCACUGGUUCUGUCCACCGGAGAUCUACAGCUCCUGCACUUCUACGCUGGGCAAUGCCAGAGCCACUACUCGGCCCUGCAAGUGGCCGUGGCAGCCCUGAUGUCCAGUACCCAGGCUAAUCAGCCCCCGCGACUCUUCGUGCCCCACAGCAAGAGGGUGGUGGUGGCUGCUCAUCGCCUGGUGUUUGUUGGGGACACCCUAGGCCGACUGGCAGCCUCUGCCCCUCUGAGAGCACAGGUUAGGACUGGAGGAACAGCACUAGGCCAGGCAUUGCGGGCCACUGUGCUGGCUGUCAAGGGAGCUGCCCUGGGCUACCCAUCCGGCCCUGCCGUCCAAGAGAUGAUGCAGUGUGUAACAGAACUGGCAGGGCAGGCCCUGCGAUUCACCACCCUGCUCGCUAGCCUGGCUCCCUGAAGGUCCUUUGGCACAGCCCUGUCCCUCCCCUGUCUGCCAAAGCCCCCCUCUAGGCCUUGGGUGGCUGGAGGGCUUUGUUAAGGGACUAGGAGAAGUGGGGGUAUCUUUCCCCUUUCCUGCCCUUUCUGCUCAUCUCAACCUCUCACAGAGGUGUCUUCUCCCCCUAACCCACAGCUUUUUGUAUGAGCCAUUUUGUAUAAAUUAUUUAUAUUUAAUAUUAUUCCCUGCUUUGUCAGGAGCAGGUACUAGGCUCUGGGGCAGUGAGGAACUGGACUCUUCUCUCCUCAGCCUAGGGUGGAGGUCACUGCACUGCCACCCACCUCUGGAAGACUGGCCAUGAAAAGUCAGGUGGCAGAAACCUGAGGCCACAUAGAGCCUCUCUCUUUUCCUGUAUCUUGGCUCUAGAAGAUCAGCACUGCACUGUUAGCUGAGAGUGAGGGCAAGACAUAAACUGUCCAGAGUUUGAAGGUCUCAGGAAGACCAGAGAGCUUCUCCCCACAGAAGGUGGAGAGAGCUGGGACUCAGACAUGGUUGUGCACCUCAAUAAACCCUGCAGUCUGCCUCCCUGACUCUGCUUCUUGGGAGCAUGGUGAGCAGCCCUGGUGCUCAGCAGUCAUACCUAUGGGACACACACUAUGAACAGGAUGCCUUUAGGGAUUUGGGGGAGAUUUCGCUCCUUUCCUCAACAACUAUUCACUGGACAAGUUCUCUGCUCCCAUGAUGCGCCAGGCACAGUUCUGCAAGUAUAUUGUGAAUGUAUCAUUCUAGUGGGAUACACAAAUAAGUCAGUUAAAAUACAUAAAUAAAAACAUAAACCUGCCAUA